CCUGGAGACCAAAACCACAAUCAAAGAACAAGAGGCGUGAGAGUCAGAGAGAAAGAGAAACGGAGGCAACUUCGGAGGAGAAACAAAGGGGGCAUAGAACAACAGCCAGAAGACCCGAGCGGGCAAAAGGGAAAAGGGAGGGCAAAGAGGGAGGGAAAAGAAGACGCACAGGAGAAGAGAAGCGGAGACAGGGAAAAAAAGACGGAGGAAGGACGGAAACUGCUGGCCGCUUCUCCAGGGAUGAGAUUCCUCUCUGGGCCUGGUGUGUGACGGCUUGGGAAGAGCCAUGCGGCUUCUCUUCCUUGCGGCUGGCUUCCUGGUGGUGGCUGUGACAGGGCAAAUCAGCAACUCGACCCUGCUGCCCCUGUUGCUCAGCGAUGGCGACGGCGGUGAUGGAGGCGGCGAGAAGAACAACGGCUCCUCCUCAGAGCCAGGGAGGCAGCCCCUCCGGCUGGUGAACGGAAUGAACUCGUGCAGCGGGACAGUGGAGAUCCAGUACCUGUCAUCCUGGCAAGCCGUCUGUGAGGAGCACUGGGACUCCAGGGCCGCGGAGGUUGCCUGCCUCCGGCUGGGCUGUGGACGGGCGAGGGCGGUGGGCCUCCCAGCGACCUCCACCCCCAAGGGGCCAGCAGGCAUCCCAGUGACUUCGAUGCCCAGUGGGCCGGCGGGCCUCCCAGUGACCCCGAACGCCAGGGUGACGACCCCGGCAGGGAACGGCAGCGCUGCCCUCGAGGGACCGAAGGACUCCUUCCUGUCCGUCCAGUGUACUCGGGAUAGGUGGGAGUCCUGUCAAGUGCAACCCAAGGCCUGCCUCAGCCAGAAGGCAGCCUGGCUGGUCUGUCAAGCGAGCAGCGCCCUGCGGCUGGCGGACGGGGGCAGCCGCUGCGAAGGUCGGGUGGAGCUGGAGGAACAGGGCAGCUGGGGGACGGUGUGUGACGACGCCUGGGACCUGGACGACGCCGGGGUCGUGUGCGGGCAGCUGGGCUGCGGCUGGGCCAUCCAGGCCCUUCAGGGAUCCCACUUCCCGAAGGGGAAGGGGCCCAUCUACCUGGACGAGGUCAACUGCUCCGGGACCGAGACCUCCUUGGGGGACUGCCCCGCUCAGAAGGACCACGACUGCGGGCACAAGGAGGAUGCCGGGGUGAUCUGCUCAGAGCACCAGGCCUGGCGCCUGACCAAGUGGUCAGACGCCUGUGCCGGGCAGGUGGAGGUCCAUUUCCGGGGCACGUGGAGCACAGUGUGCGACGGCAGCUGGUAUCAGACGGAGGGGGCCGUGCUGUGCCGCUCCCUGGGCUGCGGGGCCCUCACACAGGUGAUGAAAGGGCUGCCCCACCACUUGACGUCGAGGAUCAACUACCAGUGCUCCGGGGAGGAGGCCACGCUCUCCCAGUGCACCUGGCACUUCAACAGAUCCCACAUCUGCCACCAAUCCCAGGCAGCCGGAGUCAUCUGCGCGGGUGCGGUGAACAGAUCCACGGUCCCGGAAAUCAACCUGAGCACCCAGCCCACCUUCACUGAUCUCCCUGAGAACCAGACUUUGGCCAGCGUCUCCCUCCGGGAACAGAUCCUCUUCGUCACCUGUAUCUCCCUGGGAGUUCUCCUCUUUGGGCUACUCACCGUCUUGGCUUUAAUCCUCAUGAGGAUCAAAGGAAAAUACGCAGUCCCACACCUGGAGAAUCACAACCAGCAGGCCUCCUCUGCCACCACCCUCUCCCCCAUCCCCACCACCACCACCUCGGCAGGAGCCAACAACUACCAAGAGGUUUCCAUCGUCGUUCCCAAAGAAGAAGCACCCAAGCUGCCCAUCCAGGUGCCAGGCCCACCCUCUGAGGAUUCUGACUCUGACUAUGAGCAAUACGACUUCAGCACCCAGCCCCCCGUGGCCCUCUCCACCUUCUACAAUUCCCAGAGGCACCGGGUGACUGAGGAUGAAGUCCGGGAGAGCAAGUUCAGGAUGCCACCCCUGGAAGAAGAUCCUCCCAAAGAGGCCCCCCUGCAUCACCCUAGAAAUGACAGCGAGUCCAGCACAUCUUCAGGGGAAGAAUACUGCAACAGCCCCUCCAGCAGGCUGCCCCAGAGGAGCGGCCCGGCCUUCCCUGCGGAGAAGGCUCCGUUCCUGGGCCGGCUCCCCAUCGAGGAGCUGGCCGGGUCCCAGCAGCCUCUGGGUGGUCUUCCAACGGUAUCCAAGCCUGACAGCAGCUCCAGCACCUCAUCCGGGGAGUGGUACCAGAACUUCGACCCUCCCCAGCCGCUGGAGCCGCCGCCGCCACCACCGCAGGCGCAAGAAGGGGAGGAGGAGUCCUGCCUAUGCUCAGAGCCUUCGGGCCCAGUGGCGACAGGCAGCUCCUGGGACUGCUCCACUGAUGACGACUAUGACGAUAUCGCCACGGAUGAGAACUAGGGCCAGAGGGACCAGAAGGCCCCUCGCCGGAUCCUGUCCCGUCCACGCUCCUCCCACCUCCCCGCUGGGCAACCUGAAGGAACACGGCAUUGGCGACGUCUGCACCGACCAGGCAGCAUUUUGGGGAAGAAAGAGAAAAGGCACGCUCGCUCCCCGACCUUGGCUUGCCCCACCGCCCCCAGUCGGUCCCCAAGCCGGUCCCAGCCGGCUCCAGCCGACCCCCUUCCCAGAACCCACCAGCCCCAGGCCCUGGGUGGGCCUCACCCUCCGGCCAGUCCCCGAGCGGGUGGGCAUUGAGAGAGGGCACUGGGCCCUCUACCUGUGCUGCCUGGAGAUUCUUGGUUCCACACAGAUACGCUCCCCCCGGAUUCCCCCAGUCCCCUCUCCCCUCCCCAUCCAGAAACUCUGCCUCCUGACCCUGGUUUUGUAGGCAGAGGAGGCUCAGGGCAUGCCACCUCUCUGCCCUUCCCCCAACACCGCCAGGCUCCUUCCUGGCGCAGGAAGUUGACCCGGUCGGCCACUUCUCCAGGGAAUGGAUCUCAGGGGAAGAGCUUUCCUCCGGAAGCCCCCACCUCAAGGACUACUCUUCCGGGUGGUGGCCGGCCAGGAAUUCCAAGGGACCGACCUCACAGUGGGAGGGUUUCCACUGGAAAACGCCAAAGGAGUCAGACAGCCUGGGUGAGAGCACUUCACUGGCUGGAUGACCAACUGACCGGGGCCUGUCACCGCUGUUGAACUGAGGAAGCUGAGGAUGCUGGCCCCCUGCGGAGGGUGACCUGGACUCACAACUCACCAGGAGCUAAUGCACCGCCGCUCCAGGGAAGUGGGGGGGGUGACCAAGGAGGCGCCUCUUUGGGUCCAGGCUUCCAGAAACACCUCGCCAGCCUGAGCGAUGAAUCAAUCAAUCGAUGGUAUUUAUUGAGCUCUGAGUGUGUGCAAAGCACUGUGCUGAGCGCUUGGGAGA